AGGCACCUCACCCUACCGCAAUCAAACGUACGCGCUGGACACGCCCUAACUAGUAACGGAAUCAAGCAACAGAUUUUACUUCCCUAACUAGUACCGUAGUCACGAGGCAUCUGGCAUCCGUAGUUCGGCUUGAGAACAAGUUUCUGGGUGUCGCUCAGGUUCCUGUUUUGGCGUUUGAUGAAUGAAUUCCGGAGUUCGAAGUUUUGCUACACAGCGCUUUCUACUUAUGCUGUCGCACGCACCGAGUUCCUGUCGCAUGCCAGUUCCUGUCGCACGCACCGAGUUCCUGUCGCACGCCAGUUCCUGUCGCACGCACCCGGUUCCUGUCGCAUGCCAGUUCCUGUCGCACGCACCUAGUUUCUGUCGCGCGCGUCAAGCUCCUCAGCUGGCUGGAAUCAUCGGCCAACUCGACGAAGCUUCCGUCGAUAUUGGUUGACGUGACGAAACCAGAGGGCAUCUUUACGUUAACUCGACCUGCCGUCGUCGCGGUGUGGAACGGGCGGAUUUUGAGUCGACAAGUUUAGAGACGGCUCAAAGCUCGGAACGCAGGAUUCACCCAUGGAUGGCGGUGCAUGGAGCGAAUUAGAGUUGAGUCAACAAGAGUCACCCACCAUGAAUGGCGACGCGAAGAGCGUGGAGUAAACCAAGACCUUUUGGCUCGCAAUGACUCGUACUACAUUAGAAACUGAGCACGUCACGUCAGUCGGAUUGAAAACCUGACGGUUUCAGUUUUAUCGAAACCCUAAGAUGGAGGGUGAAGACGAGCGGAACGUACAUCCAACUGAGACCCCAGAAUCCCCGCCUCCCUCGUUACAAGUACUGUUUCAGGGGGUCAGGGUGUCGCCGUGGCACGACAUUCCUCUGUAUCCAUCAGAUGACGAGCACCCGAACCUGGACCCAAAUCUGGACCCGAACCCGAACCUGGGUUCGAACCCAAGCUCGCAGCCUGGGUCCGAACCCGAGAUCGAUUCUGUAAAGCCUUUUAGAAUGAUUUGCACGAAUCCCGCCGGCAGGCAUGCCAUGUUCGUGAUCUCGCCAACGGACGGUCAGAUUGUCGCCAAUGGGAAAAUCGACAGCUUCACUGGUUCUGAUUCUGCAGCUGUAGAGUCUGACGAAGCGGAUGAUUCACGAGUGCUGGAUUUCCCCUGGAAUUGUGGCGUGCUGCCGCAGACCGCCGCUGCCACGUCAGCAUCCUCUCUAUCAGAUGCUGACGUGUUCCUUCCUGUUGACGCAGUUGACAUUUCACCGACGCUCCACUCCAUUGGGGAUGCUUAUCAGGUGCGGCCGCAUGCUGUCAUCGCCAUACCCAAUCCGCUCACACUAUCCAUCUCAUACCGCCUGGUGGUGUCCGACGUCAGCGCUGAGUCAGCAGCAUUUGAGCUGGACGUGAGCACGCUCAUGGCAGUGCUUCACCGCGUCUGUGGCUGGCUAGAGGCAAUUGACACGUGGCUGCUCUCAGGCCAUCCUGACGUGGCAAUGCAGGCCACUGUGGACCCUGAUGAGGUGGCGAAGGUGCUGGAUGAGACACAUGUGGCAUGGGCUGAGCUGUAUUUGCUCUCACAACCGCUUGCACCCCCUACACCAUCCUUGUCAACCGUACCUGAUAGUACAGCAGAUACUAAGCCUACACCAGCACCCACACUCACUCCCCCCCUCAAACCUGCACCAGAACCGACACUCACUCCCACUCCUGUACUCGCACCCGCACCCCCCUGCACUCCCUCUUAUCUCUCCACACUCCCACCCACAGCCACGGCCUCUGCCCCUAGGCCUGGCUCCGCACCCUCCCGUACACGUACCGCUGCAGGCAUACCAUCACACACGGGAGCGGUAGGAGGGGCAGCAGCAGCAGCAGGAGGAGGAGCAGGAGGAGGAGCAGCUGCAGCAGCAGCAGGAGAAAAAGCAGCAGCAGCACCAUCCGACGCUUCCUCAUCCAGGAACCCUCCACCCCUCACGAGACGCAACUCCACAGGUGGCCGCUCUGCCCCCAAGGCAGCCCACUCUGCUGCCGCUCACCCGCCCACCCCUCACCCGUCCGCCCCUCACCCGUCCGCCCCUCACCCGUCCGCCCCUCACCCGUCCGCCCCUCACCCGUCCGCCCCUCACCCGUCCGCCCCUCACCCGUCCGCCCCUCACCCAUCCGCCCCUCAUCCGUCCGGCCCUCACCCGUCCGCCUCUAACCAACCCCCCACUGUGUCACACAAUGGUAGUGCACGAGCGGAUAUGCCUCUGAUUGGUGGCGCGCAGAUUGGUGGCGCACAGGUUGGGGACUCACGGAUUGGUGAGAGGUGGAGAAGGGCAGCAGCAGGAGCAAGAUCCAUGGCUGCUGUUGCUGGUGGUGGGAGGGUAGGGGGGGGGGGGGAGUGGGGAGAGGAAUGGCUACAGGAUUGGGGAGAGGGGGGGAACGAGGGGUUGGUGAAGAAGCAGGAGGGCCGGGCGUAGGAAGGACAAGUAGUGGGCGAGGAGGGAGAGGUGCAGGAGUGGGAGGAGGAGUGGGAGUGUGUGGUGGUGGUGGUGGUGGUGGGAGAGGAAGGAGAGGAGGAGGGAGAGGAGGCAGCGCGUUUGUACUGAAGGGGAACAUUCUGUCUCGCAGUGCAGUGAAUGGCCAGCCUGCUGCUGCUGCUGCUGCUGCUGCUGCCAAUCCUGCCACUAGUGUUGCUAGGCAACGGCCUUACACGCACAUCCGUUCAGCCUCUCUUGCCUCCCCUAUGCCCGCCACUGCUGCUACUGUUGCUACUGCUACUACCACCAGGAGUGACGUCAGGCGUCCUGCUUCUGCUUCUUCUGCGUCAGCUGCUUCUUCAUUGGCAUCCAUAGCAGCUGCCGGCACAGCACCCCCGGCUCUGGUGGGGUCCCACAGGCGAGCGGAGUCUCAUGGUGCCAAACCGUUACCGAGCCCGCGGUUACAAGUGACAGGGUCGCAACCUGGCAUGCCACUACAGAGCCCCCUCUUACAAGCAGCAGGGUCUCAGGGGGCGUCUGUACCGUUACAAAGCCCCAGGGUGCAUGCAGCAAGGCCACAGGGUGGCACGCCGUUAUCGUUACAGAGCCCGCGGUUACCAGCAACAGGGUCACACGCGGCGAUGCACUUAGAAAGCCCCAGGUUACGAGCACCAGGGCCUCACGGGGGCAUACCGUUACAGGGCCCCCGGUUAGCAACGUCGUUACAAGGGGCAAUACCGUUACAUAGCCACCAGUUACCAGCAACAGGGUCCCAUGGUGCAAUACCAUUACAGAGCCCCCGGUUACCAGCAGCAGGGAGAAGGGCAGGACCCCAGCAGGGAAGAAUGCUGGUGAAGGCCGCUUCAGAGUGGCUAGAGGCCAGACCAGGCCACAACCGAGCAGCUAGUGCUAGCUUCGCCACUCACACCGCUGCUCACUCAAUUGCUGCUGAUUCUGCUCCUAAUGCUGCUGCUGCCCCUGCGUCUCUUGCUCCUACUGGUAGAAGCAGUUCUGCUGCUCCCUGUGCUGAUGGCAGAGGGGCGGGGCGAGGGAGGGCCCUGACGCGGUCCAUAUCCGACAGGGAGGGGCGCGCGGGCAGGGAGAGCACAGGCGAGGGCGCAUUCGACCAGGCUCUGCCCUCGCCUGGGCGUACGCCGUCCAGGUGCUUGUCAGGCGCACUGGGAGCAGCGGGAGCACAGGGAAGAGUGGGAGCAGGAGGAGCAGGGGGGAGGCAGGAAGCAUGGGGGGCAGAAGGAGGAAAGGAAAUGCACAACGCGUCAGAGGGGGGAGGUGUUCUGCCCAGGGAGGCAGAGGAAUGCGCAAUGGGAGAGGGAGUGUCAGUGCAGGUGGUAAGCGGGCACCUGGGGAUGGGGGCAGUGCGUGAGGGCACCAGGCAAGUGGAACCAUGUGGGGAAGUGCGGGCAGGGGAAAUUACUGGGACAGGGGGGAGCAUGGUUACGGGUGGUAACCGCAUGGUGGGCCCUCGGAAGCAGAGCCUGUCCAUUGGGUCGGCCCGGGACCUGAUCAUUCCCUGCUCGCCCACCGCCCCUCGCUCCUCCAGCCUUGCGCACAAAUACCCUCCCCAGAACCACCCUGCAAACAGUGACCGCCUUCACAAUGACAACCAUGUUCCAAGCAGUCAGGUUUUCCACAGUCCCCAGGUGCAGCAAGCGCAUCGCUGCGACAGCAAGCUUCUGCGGGUGAGGGAGCAAGAGAGCAGGUUGCCGCAGCAGAGCUCUAGUGCUGAAGGCAGCCGCCACCGCAGCAGCAGCAGCAGCAGCAGUUCUAGCUUGGGGCCACACUCGGCGCAUAUACUCCCCUCCUCCAAGUGCCCUGCUAGGAUGGCAAGGCGCAGCAUGGACUGGGCUCAUGACAACCACGUGCGGCAGCAGCAGCAGCAGCAGCAGCAGCAGCAGCAGCAGCGGGACGACGUGGGCCCUGAGUCAUUGUCGCAGAGUACUACUACCAGUAGAGCGCAGCAACAUCAGGGAACCAGUUUUGACUCGUCUCAACACCCAGCUAGAUUGCAGCAGCAGCAGCAGCAGCAGCAGCAGCACUCUCGCAGCGAGACCCUCACAGGUGUUCCCAGCCAUGCAAGCAAGGGUGAUGGGAGCCGGGCCUCCAGCCAUGCCCAUCCCCCGCACUGCCCCCAUCAUGCUCUGCCACGUGUUGCUGGGGCAGUGGCACAAGAGGCUGGGGGAUCUGACGCACAGAGUAGGGGUGCAGGGUCAGACGCGCACAGGGGCGCGGCAGCAGAAGCACCGAGAUUAUCGCGAGCAGAAGCACACAGACCCCCGCCGUCGCCUGGAUCUGCCAGAGCGCAGAAAGAAAGGGCGUUCCGCCGAGCGAGCACUGACUUCAGUGACCGCUCCUCCUGGGAACCAGCUGGGCAAUCUGGCUACGGUAGUUGCAGGGUUGUGGCACCAUCAGGUGCACAGGGGAGUGUGGCACCAGAAGCGCAGGGGAGUGUGGCAUCAGACGCACAGCAACUGCUGCCACCAGAAGCACAGAGACCCCCGCCGUCGCCUGGAUCUGCCAGAGGGCAGCGGGUGUUCCGGCGAGCGAGCACUGAUUUCGGUGACCGCACUGCCUGGGAGCCAGCUGGGCAGACUCAUUACGGUGGUUGCAGGGCUACGGCAUCACCAGGUGCACAGGGGGGUGCGGCAUCACACGCCCAGGGGAGUGUGGCACCAGAAGCACAUGGGAGUGUGGCACCAGAAGCACAGGGGAGCAUGGCACCAGACCCACAGCGACUGCUGCCAUCAGAAGCACACAGACCCCCGCCAUAGCUUGGAUCUGCCAGAGGGCAGAAGGAGAGGUUGUUCCGGCGAGCGAGCACAGAUUUCAAUGACUCUACAUCCUUGGAGCCAGCUGGGCAGUCUCAUUGUGGUAGUGGCGCUAGCCGUAGCAGCUGCAGCAGCAAUAGCACUGCCUCUAGUGGUGCUGGUGGUGUGGUGGAUAGCUCUUCAUAUGUGAGUAGCAGUGGAGUUAGUAGUAGCUCAGAUGCAGUUUUAGGAAUCGAAGCUGGCCACAGGGUAGUCAUGGGGGACAGAAAGGCUGGAGGUAAACAAAUGCGCGAAGGCCAAGAUGAGUUGCGUUAAAAAGAGCUACAGCUUCUACAAUCACAGCCGUAGCAAUGGGAUGCGCAGUCACAGGUGUAAUCAAGGACCUAGUUGCUGCCCUUGUAGAUGAUAUCACAAGAUGACAUAUAUUGUCGACCUAGCUACAGCAACACAGCUCAAAACAAUGAGAUGAAAGGAUUCAGUAUUGGUUGUGACGGUCCGUUGUCAUCCCCACAGCUUC